AUGGAUACAAACAAUAACUAUUGUCGAAUAUGUCUCGAUGUUGAUAAAAAAGGCGAAUUUCUAGAUAUAUUUUCGAAAGCCCAAUUAGUUCAUAAUAAAACAGCUACAAUAAGCACACUUGUAAAAGAGUGUUCAUCAGUAAAUAUUGAAUAUGAAGAUGAAUUUCCAAAGUUAAUUUGUGCAUUAUGUUUCAAAAAUUUAAAUAUUGCUUAUGAAUUUAAAGAAUUAUGUCUGAAAACUGAUAAAAAAUUGCGGGAAAAUAACCGUUUAAUGAAACAAGCCAAAAGAUAUGAUUCAGUUUUUGAUAGUGAUGAAGAUUCUGGUAACUCUAAUGAAAUUUUAUCCUGUAACGAUUCCGAACCAAAUAUAGAAAAAUCAAAUAUUAAAUUUUCUAAUUCGAAGAAAGAAUUUAUAAACGAAACAAAAAGGGAUCUGGAUUCAGUGCACAAGGGUCCGAUCAUAUGUGAAAUAUGUGGAAAAGUAUCUGGACAUGAAGCUAACUUUGAAAUACAUAUGCGAACUCAUACAGGAGACAAACCUUUUUCAUGUAUUUUAUGUGGAGUUUCCAAAACAAAUGAAGGUGAUUUAAAAAGUCAUAUGAAAACGCAUUCAGAUGAAUGUAAAUAUAGCUGCCACAUUUGUGGAAAGCCAUUCAAGUGGUUAAGUAAUCACUUACGACAUAUGCGAUGGCACAAUGGUGAAAAGACACAUAAAUGUAAUGUUUGUGGAAGAUUAUUUUUUGAAGCAGGAAAUGUUAAGAAACACAUGUUAACUCAUACAGGAGAAAAACCGUAUGUUUGCCGAUUAUGUGAACGAGCUUUUAUUCGUAAAAAUUUAUUACGAAAACAUUACAAAAUCAUGCACAAUACAACCAUGCCUUCUGAUUAUUAA